UUAGUAACCAGGCUUAGUUGAACCACACAGGGCUUGACUUCCCGUCGGGUUUGGGACGCAGCGCGAUCAUUUGAAACCUAGCCACUCCGGAUAGAGCGUUUGUAUGUCUACAAUAAGCCCUAGGUAACUAGGCGAGGCUUAAUUGUUUAUCGUGCUCCUUCGUGGCAUUGGAUCGGUGGGUUGAAUGGAAAUAUUUUCCCUUCGUCGACUGCUGUAGGUAAGGCCUUACAAAGUAAUUGGUAAGGGUCAUGGAAUAAAUCAAGUACAUGUAUCAUUGUUGCCCCGCUGCUACCGUUGCGUCCUCAUUUGGCGACUGGUUUUGGCCAUAUAUAUCGCCAGAUACGUUGCUAUAUGAUAGCCAGUAUCAUGCUGUAACAUCGGAAUCAACAACUGAGUUAAAUAUAUCAUAUAUUCGCUAUCCUGUCAAAUAUUUUUCUCUAUCAACUCACACGCCAUGUCCGAUACCAAAUCAUUCAACAUUGCUAUUGUCGGUGGAGGCAUCAGCGGGAUUUCGCUAGCCAUAGGUCUCUAUAAGAAGAAUGUGCCCUUCACAGUCUACGAGUCAGCCUCGAAAUUCGGAGAAAUCGGCGCCGGCUUAGGCUUCGGGCCAAACGCUGUAGUAGCCAUGGGGCUCAUCUCCCCAGACAUCGUCGCAGGGUAUGAGCGGUGCGUCACACACGGCUGGAAGUCAAAGGAGAGGGACUGGUUUACCGUCCGCGUCGGCGACGAACGUAAAGCCGGUCCAGACGGAAUCCUGAAGCAGAAGGAGAAGGAGGGGUUGAAAGUCGGCGACCCCAUCUUCGAUAUUCGCUACACUAAUGAUGGCCUUGCCGGGGGUGUACAUCGGGCCCAUUUCCUAGACGAAAUGCUCAAGUUGAUACCUGGCUCCGUCUCGAAGUUUGGAAAGAGGUUAGUCGACAUUACAACUGCUGACGGGUCUGAAGACGUCGUGCUCCACUUCGCGGAUGGGACAACAGCGCAACAUAGCGCCGUGGUGGGCUGUGAUGGGAUCAAAUCUAAAACUAGGGAUAUUCUGCUGGGGGAAGAAGGAGGAAAGGCGUUGUUCUCUGGCAAGUACGCAUAUAGGGGGUUGGUACCGAUGGAAAAAGCUGUCGAGUUGCUUGGCGAGGAAUUGGCUUGGAAUAACCAGCUCUUUAUGGGAUAUCAUGGCCACUUGCUUACCUUCCCCAUCGAAAAGGGGAAGACAAUGAAUGUUGUCGCUUUCAGCUCCUGCGAUACAUGGACCGACCCCCAGUGGGUGAUCAAAACGACAAAGGAGAAGAUGCUUGAAGACUUUAGCACAUGGGGCCCUAUGGUGGUCAAGAUCAUCGAGGCCAUGGGGAAACGGGACAUCUGGGCUUUGUUCAAUGACCCUCCUGCGUCAACCUACUAUGGUACGAAUCCGCGUGUCUGUCUCCUUGGUGACGCCGCACAUGCAACGACUCCGCAUCAAGGGUCUGGAGCGGGCAUGUGUAUCGAGGAUAGUUACAUCCUCAGUGGCCUGAUGGGAGAAGCUAAAAGCGUACAGGACCUUGACAAGGUGUUCAAAGCAUACGAUGAGGUGAGACGACCGAGAACUCAGAGAUUGGUCGAAACGAGUAGAGAGGCGGGUAUGCUGUAUGAAUUUGAACUUGAAGGUGAUGAUCUUGAGGCGAUUGAAAAGAACUUCCAGGCUCGGAUGAGCUGGAUUUGGGAUGAGGAUUUGCAGAAGGAGCUGGGAAAAGCUCUUUCGAUAUUUUAUGCAAACGUAGAAGGAUAA